AUGGCGGCGGUCGCGGAAGGAGUGAAAUUGAACUGGAAUUUAUCCACUGAAGAGAUCUUAAAACGAACGGACGAGCUUAUCGAGCGUUCUAGCAAAGUUUACGAUGCUGUCGGUGCGCUGAAACCUGAGGAACUGACGUACGAAAACUGCUUGAAGGUAAAAACGUGUUUACCAACUGCUUUGUCUAUCCAAUUUUUUAUUUCUUCCCGUGGCGCACGAACUGUCCACGUGCUGCAAUCUCUUUUGAUUCUUUAAGAGUGAGUUUUGAGCACAUGAACGGUUGCGUGUUGUUGUUUUGCAAGCCUGACCGCACAAGUGGUUCUUUUGUUGGAAUAUUUCGCAACGACGUACUAAAUAUGGGCAAAUUUAGUUGUUUUUUUUAACACAUCGUGAUGUUCACACCAAACUGCAACUUUGAACUUUUACUUUUGCCUUCUAACGCGUGAUAUGAAAUUUGACUCUUGCGUUAAAGAUGGUAGACUGAUAUAACGGUGAUAGUUGUGUACAGGUAGUAAUAAUCUGCAAAUUAAAAGGAAUUGUGACCUUAAUGAAACUAUUGUUUUCUGUUGUCUAGGCGUUAUCUGAUGACACAGCUGAAUAUCAUACUGCAAAAUCCAACCUGGAUUUUCCUCAGCACGUGUCCACAGGUAAAACAAUAAAUCUCAUUAUUAUUCAUUCAAAAUAAUUCCCCAAUUCUGAUUGGCUAAAAGCACACGCAUACUGUAUUUAUUCGAUUAACCCCCCUGGGCGCUUAUUAAAUUUUUGGACCUUGAGAGUGGGUGCUUAUUCGAGGUGGGCGCUUAUUCGAAGCUGGGCGCUUAUUAAAUUUUCACCAUUUUCAGCAAGUGAAGUACAGUCGAACCCCGCUAUUUCGAAGUCCCAAGGGAAAUGGAAAAAAGUUCGAAAUAGCAGGGCUUCGAAAUAACCGAGGAAGCGUAAAGGGGAAGGGUAAAUCCAAGGGCAUUCGAUCUUCCUUCGAAAUAGCGGGGACUUCGAAUUAACCGAGUUCGAAAUAGCGAGGUUUGACUGUAUGUUUAUUUUGCAACAAAACAAUAAAUGCUAAUAACAAAACGCGAAGAAGUAACAAAGCAAGGUUUCUGUAAAAUACUCUGAAGAAAACUCCGUCCUCGGGGAAGUCUCUUAUUAGAAUUUAUUCACUCAAGUGGGUGGGGUGGGGGUGAGCGCUUAUUUGAGUUUGAUUGGGAAGAGGAGGGGGUGGGCGCUUAUUCGAGGUGGGCGCUAAUUCGAGGCUGGGCGCUUAUUCGAAUAAAUACGGUAAUUCACCAUAACCAGUUACUGAUGACCAAAUUUGGAAGAAUUAUUUUUGUGUUUAAUGAGGAAGUGACGUAAAAAAUGCAGCCUUCCACAGGUUAAUGCACCAUUAACCGAGAAGACCUGGGGAUGAGGUUGAGUUGAAACUAAAAUGGCAGACACUUCACUCGUUUCAAGAGUAAGAAAUACAGCUGGAACUAGGCGAAAUAAUGGCUUAAAAACAUGGCAAAAACAGCAAGAAGACAACUCGGAGGGUGACAUCUGCUAUUUGGAGAAUAUUUGGGGGGCUGGACAAACCCAAACGUACACUAUCGAAGAUAAACUUAACAUCGAUGAAGGUAAGCAUGUUUUAGCUAUAUUUUUAAACUAGGAAUUAUUUUGAGGCCUUCGGCCUCUCUGGAUAACACCCUCCUCAAUCUGCUUAAUUCUUCAUAUCCUACUCAGCCUCAUUCAUUAAUUGCUAAUUGAUCCAAUUUUAGGGACGGUUCAUUAUUUAUGAGGAUGACCGGGUCGGGAAAAAAAUAAUAGCUUUCCUCUUUCUUUCUAAAGCCCGCCCAAAAGGCAUUUUGUUUUUUCGUAGCCCGUUCAGUAUUUGGGUCAAAUUUUUCAAAGCCCGUUCAAAUUGAAGUGAGUACCUUGUGAAAAUCAUUCAAUGUUUAUUUACGACUAGAGCAACUAGUGCAUGUUUGGAUCAAAUACACAACUGUUCGCCGUUCGAGUCAGCAAACGGCUAUCAAACGAGUUCAGCGAUUAAUACAAACAAUAAUUUAUUAACAUCUGUGAAAAGUGCACGUUAACAAAUGCCAUCCAGCUUGAGGCAUUUCAUCGUUUGCCAAAUAUUUUAUAUAACUCCCUCCUUUUUUUGAGGAAGGAAGGUUUUUUGCCGAAGACACGGUCAAGAUAGAUAAACGACUCGAAAUCGUGCGUGAGAAAGUAAAAACUUUUAAAGGAUAUACUUCUGCUUCCCAGGCUUCAGACGAAGAUUCUGAUUAGCUUUAUCAUUGUUCGAUCAGUGAAAAUUAACACAAGACGCUAGGCAUCAAAGACUAUGCGGACUGCUCAGUUGUCUUUUUAAGUAUGAAUGAACAGCUUUAUAAUGUCACAGCUUGUCACAUUUACAAGAUACAAAAAUUGUUCACGUUUUUAAAUAAUAAAAGUUUAUUUGCGAGACAGAUAAGAAUGUAAACCUAUUUUUGCAUGAAAUAAACGGAACUUGGCUGGCAGACUCCGCGGCACUGUGGUGCGUGCAGAAAAAAUAUUUUCAAUUCAGUCGGAGUUGCAACUUGAGAUCCUCGAUCAAAACAUCCUGUUUUCUUGUGUACAGUCUUCCGGAGUCCGAAGAUUUAAUAUUCCAACCGUUGGAGUUCACUUUGAUUAAAAUCCUUGUCCAUGCAUCAUUUGAAAUUCUAAUUUGAUUACAAGCUCUGAAAUGUCAAGGAAUAUAAACAACUACAAAAAGAGCAGCUCACAAAGUACAUUUGUGUCAUUCCGUGGCCUGUCAAAAUUCUCGAGUGUUCGAUCGCAAAGCGCGAGCUUUUUCUUGCGGGUAUAUCCCUGCAUUACCAAAAAUAUUGUAGCAAUAUUUAUUUGAUAUGAAAGUACGACAAUUUACCGGGUGAAUUUUCCACGACGAAUACAGUUUCCAUGUGUUGUUCUCAUCAAACGACUGCCGCGUUUCUACCACAGUUUUAGUUUAUGUUGAUUUUUUUUAAAACCCGGUCUCUUUGUUCAAGAAAAAAACACAAAGCCCGUCGCCACGGCAAGAAAAGUUUUCAAAGCCCGUUCGGUUUUUUCCCGACCCGGUCAUUCCCAUAAAUAAUGAACCGUCCCUUACUUGUAUAGUAAUACCUUAAUCUCUCAUGCCUUGGGCAUGAGAGAUUAAGGUAUUACUAUACAAGAUCCAAAACUUCAAUUUCACUCCAGCUGUCAAGUGAAGACCACUUUUUCUGAUGGAAACGGUAUUAAAAAAAGUCUGGAAAAAAAUACAGUUGAACCACCAUUAAGACCACUUAUUAAGUGGUCAGGGGAUGUUCCAUCCCCCCUCCUUCCCCCUAAAGAUUGUGGUAGCCUACAUGUAGCCGCACCCUUCCCGCGUGGUUUUUGAUAGGCUAAGAUGGUGGGUUUUUGAAUAGGAGGGUUCAAGUUUUUUUCUUCAAAGAAGCUGAUAAAUUUUGACCCUUCAGAUGAUGUUUUAAAAGGGCGCUGACAUAAAUUGAGGGUUCGGAUUGCAGCCAUCUUAAGCUAGGGGGGAGGGGGAGGGGGAGUGAGGAUAAAAAAUUUUCCAAUUGUGGACCCCUUAAUGUAACAUUUAGUUACAGACAUUGCUGUCUUAGUCUAAUUGUAAAGUUUAUGCCAUAGGAUAUUAUACUAUAGUAUUGUUUGUGCAAAAAAUGUUGGGAGAACCUCAUCACAACAUUUUGAGGAGAAUUUGCUUUUUUAUCACUGACAAUACUCUGAUAAUUUUUUUUCAGUAUUAGAGUUGUUUCUUUCAGUGUAAUAGUUAUUAAAAGAUAAAUAUCACUGUAAAUUAUAUUUCAGUAAGGCAAAUUAAAUAUAUAACAGGAUCAAUGAUUGACAGAAAAGAAAAUGCUUUGCUUAAAAUAAUUACCAUCAUACCUUAAUUGUAACAGGACUUAUCUGUUAAAAUUGCCAAUAUUAUUUUUACUUUAGACAAGGAAAUCAGGACUGCAAGUACAGAAGCUGAUAGAAAAUUGUCUGAAUUUGAAGUUGAAGUCAGGUAUUGCAUUAUACAUUAUAAAGUUAUAGUCUACUAUAUUUUGUACCAUACAAUUUAUUAUUAUUUGUUCACCUUUUGUCUGCUAAUGAAAUCAUAUCAGUGCAUAUUAUACCUCUGUGUGAUAAUGGUUUAAUUUAUUUUUUUUGUUUUGUUCUUGAUUUGUAUUUUCCCUCAUCUCUGUGUAUAGCAGUACAUUGCGCACUUAAACAAAUGGAAAAAAAGAAACUGAACAGAAACUGAACAGAACCUAUACACUGUACAAAAUUUAAUCAUAAGGAAAUUAUCUGACGUUGCAUUUAAUCUUCCCUCAUUUUCAGUAUGAGAAAGGAUGUGUUUGACAAUCUUGUGGCUUUCAAGGUAGGUUUUAUCAAAUGUUAUUAUUAGUUGUUUUGUGUUUUCUGACCAAAAUUUAGUCGUUCCCCGAUACAGCUGCUCUAUUUCAAACCAGUGACGCAAAGUCUCUAGAGGCUGACUAAACCACUCUUUUGCUGACUACUGAUCCAUGACUAGGGUUUUUUUUAACUGCUUACAGAUCAGAGGUACUAUCCCAUGUCAUUGGUCCUUUUUCUCAUACUACUAUUGUUAAAUUGAAAGUUUCACCCGGGAUGUCUCGAUGAUUCCAUGUCAUCAUUAUCAAAAAUUAUUCUUCCCACUACUUCUAUUGAAAAAGUAUAGGGACAGUAAAUGAGAAUCUCAAUUUUGAUCUUAGGGUUUAAAGGGUUAAUCAUGCAUGUACAUUGUAAGUUCAUGUACUGUUUUUAUCCAUAGGAGAGAAAUAUAGGGCCUCUGUCACCUGAGGCUUCUCGAGUUUUGGAGAGGUUAAUCAAACUGGGUAAAAGAAAUGGUAUGUACUGUGUAUCUCGCUGAAAUACUAUACAUCGAGUUUCUUAAUGUAAAUGUAUUAUCCAUAAGCUAGAAAAUUUAGAACUUUCAGUUUUGAAGACUGGAGAGUUGGAAAAUGAUUAGCAAUCAACCUGGCAUGUGCAUGUGUCAUUGAUUUGUUUUGUUGUAUCUGCCAGGUCUUCAUUUACCAGAAGAAGUUCAAAAAGAAAUCAAGGCAAUCAAAUCUCGUAUGAGCAGUCUGGAAAUUGAUUUUAACAAAAAUUUGAAUGAGGAGAACACUAUCUUAGAAUUUACCAAUGAAGAAUUAGGUAAGUUUCUCUGUGGGCAAAUAACAAUAAAUUGUACAUAUGUAUCAAGGGUUAAAAGUUAGAACUGCUUCAAAAAUGUAGUUAAUAUCAUGACAAUUCCAGUUUAACAUUGCCUCUCCGUGCUUGCUAGUGGUUGACUUGUAUCAAAUGGGUCAUUUUGCCUGCAAAAAUUCCUAGCAUUUUCCCUCGCCUCCCUUUUUGUAAGUGUUGGGUGUGGUAAGUAUUCCACCAACCAGGCCGUUCAGUGUGAAUGUUCAAUGCCUUUGGUGGUGGCUGUCUACUGUUGGUUGCUAUGGAUACCUCUUGCCCAUGCCUUGUUGCUCUCCAGCUCCUCCGACUUCAACUCCCAAACUCAUCUAUUUUUGUUGGGUUUAACAUUAUAUCCAGAGUAACUCUUGGCAUUUUCCCUUUGUUUUCUUUAUUUCUGGUCAUCAUUUCUUUUUGCCCUUUUGUUUUACAUUGUACAUGUAUUUACCCUUUUCGCUAUCACUAAUACUCAACCAUCAAACUCCAUUUAAUUUUUAACUUUUUAUUAUUCCUGUGUUUAGCUGGUAUGCAAGAGGAUUUUAUCAACAGUCUCGAAAAGGUACUGACAGUAAUAUUGUAGAUGUAUCUGAUACAAUCAUAUCACUUGUUAUCAAUUCAAAAAAAAUGGAAGUGGCCUGUGAUUCUUCAGCAUCUGCCAGAAAAUGAUGUUUACAAAGGUUGUUGUAAAAUGUCAUUAUCAUUUAUCUUGCUUGACUAUGAUAGGUCCUUUGCAGCUAGCCAUUCAUGUGGUACAAAACCACCAUACUGGAGAGCAAAAGUCACGCUGGGUCAAGACAAACAAAGAAAAUUACCAUUUAAAAUUAUGUAUGUCUUUUGUUUGUCUUGUCCCAGUGCAACUUUUGCUCUCCAGCGUUUUUUGCUUUAGAUGCAAAGGGCCUGGCAAUUUUGUGAAGCAUAUAACAAAUUAUUCAUUGGCUGAAUGUGAUUUUUUCUUUCAAAGGGCCUAAAUUUAUUAUGUUGGCUUUGAAGUGAAGCAUAUAACAAUUCAAUGGCUGAAUGUGAUUUUUCUUCUACCAUACUCCAGUGACUGACAUCUAUUUAUUGUUUUUAUUUAGACUGAUGCUGGCUUGAACAAAGUCACACUGAAGUAUCCUCACUACUUUCCCAUAACAAGAAAAGCAUCCAAUCCAAAAACCAGGCAAAGAAUAGAAUAUGCAUUCAACCGGAGGUAUGUAGUUUGUUAUGCUCUGUUGCUGUGCUUCAAACAACAGGGAUUUGCACUUUCCUUGUAAUUCCUGGGAAAUACUUGGAAAUAUACUAACACUGAUAAUGAUAAUGAUAUGAUAAUUAUAAUGAUAAUCAUUGCUUGUUGCUGCUUGAAUGAGAUUGUCUUUAUUGACUGACUUAGCCAAGCCUCUCUGUUCGACCAAGGCGUGUACAUGUAUUCCUCUCAUAGAUAGUGAACUAGCAUGGUUUAAACGGGCUCAGACAGACUUGUUUAUCAAGAUUUUUUUAUUCAUUUCUUUUCUAGGUGCAUUCAGGAAAACACUCCAAUUUUAGAAGAACUUGUAGAACUUAGAAAAAAGGUACAGUCUGCAGGCAUAAUAAUAAUAAUAAUAAUAAUAAUAAUAAUAUUAAAAUGAAAUUAUUAUGUAAUUUAUAUUAUUUUAAAAUACACACUCCAUGUUAUAUACCCUAGCUAGAAGUAUGCGACAAAUUGUUGCUUAUAUAAACAAUGAAAGGUGAAUGAAAUUUUGUUUACUACAUGUUAAUAAUGAAAUAUUUAAGUUGUUGCAAUCCAUUUUUUGUUCAAAGUUUCAAACUCAAAUCCCUUUUUUACCUUCCUGCCGGCUUUAUCUCUGUCAAUAUUUGUGUUGUCAUUUGCAGUGCGCAAAGAAACUUUAUUAAAUUUGUUUUCAAAAUUUUUUAAAACAUUAAUGGCUUUUGUACUAUUUUUAUGAUGUAGAUGGCAGAUUUACUUGGCUAUCCCACACAUGCAAGCUACAUCACUGAGGUAUUUCAGUACUCUUGUUGUACCGACGUGUACAAUAUUUAUCGAUUAAACAAGAACAAAUAGCUAUCAUUUGCUAAAUUCAAGAGGAAAAAAGAUAAAUUAAGGUAUAGGCAACCACAAGCCAAAGGCCCAAACGGCCGGAGCUUAUCCCGGUUUCCUUAGUAUGAAGCAUGACUAGGAGUAUUGCUACUCCCCCUGCCACUUGGACAGGAUGCUAGUCCAUUGCAGGGUUAGCACUAGUCCCCAUCAGCAUGUCACCGGUACCCAUUUAAAUACCUGGUAGAAGAGCAACAAAGUGGGGUAAAGCUCCUUGUCUAAGAAAACAACACAAUAGGUGAGGCUUGAAUCCCAGACCUUCAGGUCUGGAGUUUGACGUGUUACCUGUUCAGCCACACAUGCCUCCAAGAGAAAAGGAUAGAUGCUAAGCUGUUUGAGAUUCUCUCAUCAUUUCAAAUUGGAAAACCUUUGUACAGAACAAAAUUUGAAAACAGAAAAUAAAGUGAUAUAUGAAAGUUGUGUUCAUCUAUAAGAAUUAAUUUUACAUCUCAACAUUUUGAGUAAUGAGGGGGGUGGAACUGGCCACCUUUUUUUCUGAUUCUGUCACUGGGUAGAAUAUUAAUAUGCUUUUCCAUCUGUUUAUUUUAGUUGCGGAUGUCUAAAACAGCUGAGGCAGUUUCCAGUUUUCUGUCAGAGUUGUGCAGCAAGUUGAGACCCCUUGGGGAUGCAGAUUUGGCAGAAAUGCUAAGUUUGAAAGAAGCUGAGGUAUAUAUGCACAUGUUAACCCAAUUAAACCAUUCACUCUCAACAACGCCAUUGGGCAAAACUCAGCAAAAUUUGCAAAUUUUAUUUUCUUAAAAUGCUGAAAAGCAAAUAACCCCAUUUGGAAGUAUUCUUCAACAUGAGAAGAGAAAUUUCUUAUCUCCAAGUGGCCAUGUAAUGUUAUAUUAAAAAUACACACACUAAUGAACACAAAACCGUAUCACUUUAUUACAUAACCUUAACAGUGGUGAUUCUUUCACAUGUGAACUUAGCAUGUUAUUGUCGUGAGUCAAGUUAUCAUGUUUUCACACGAAAGCUCACCUGGUAAUUUAUUGGUUUUUAUAUAUUAACCCAUUCGCCCCUGAACCGCCCAUAACCGCCCGUGCGGAUCCAGGUCCUUUCUACCCUUUGUGACGUCAUCAGUUUCAACGGUCAAGGACAACUUUCUUCGCUAACUUGUGCAGAGUGAAGAGAUCUUUCAAACCAUACCAGAAUGAGCACAAUUCAGUCAAGGACGCCGGAGAAAGAAGCAAAAAACCACGUGACAAGGACCUGAAAAUCUCCAUGAAAAUCUUGUUCCAUUACCCACCUACCUUUCCUUUCACCUAAUCCUAAGAUCCUAAAAGCUUUCCUAAAAACUCUUCCCACCAAAAUGAAGCCUACUAAAUGCCCAGCAAGAGAAAAAAAAAUGAGGCAAGAAAAGCGAAAAAAGAAGGGAGGAGAGAAAGCGAAAAGUAAAAGUCAAGACUGCUGUGUCACUUUUAAACCCAAAAACUAUGUCGAAAUUUUGCUUUCUGCGCAUACCCGAACUUCGCAAGCUCAUAUUUUGCAUCUGGAUCAGAAGGCCGCCAAGUGUACGACCUGUAAACCGGUUUGUGGUAAGUUUUAGCUCUUUAUAGCACAACAGUGACCAGAAAACCACUCGACUAGCUUCAAAACACGUUUUUCGGCAAAAUCUCCAGGAGCGAAUGGGUUAAUAAAUUGUGAAUCUUCCAGGUACGACACUAGUGAGGUUAUUUUUAGCAUCCUCAUUCCCCAGUUCUCAUCUCUUUCCUUUUGUGGCUUUUUCUUGUAGUGCAAAGAGUUAGGGCAUGAAUAUGAUGGCAAAAUCAACUACUGGGAUAUGCGCUAUUACAUGACCAUGGUGGAAGAGAAAAAAUACGCAGUGGAUCAGAAUAAGCUGAAGGAGUAUUUCCCUCUACAUAUAGUUACCAAAGGUAUGUAUGGCUGAAGCAGCAUAGUUCCUAGAUUGUUGACAGUUUUUUUCUCUUGGGAUUGUGGAGAGUGUGGAGAGUGAUUGUUGGUUUCAUGUGGCGAAGAAAAUCUGGAGGAGUGCAGAGUGCCUGUGGAGGCCAGGAUGACAGGCGAUGUAGUUGUGGGAGGGGAAGGGGGGUAGACAAUUGAUAGUCUACCACAUUAUUUUAUGGUUGUUGUUGAGGUCAAUCCCCAAGCUCGAAACACCACAAAAACUCGGAAGGGUGAUAAACUUACAGGCUCAUUCCCUUAAGGUAGUUUGUACUUUUCCAGUUUCUGCUGCCUUUUCAACGCGCCAAUUGACAGUCUCACAGAAAAAUUAGAAAAAGAUGAAGAGUAGGACAGAGGUGGGGUGUGUCCUGUGCCACUCUGAACCCCUGUCUCCACAGAAGAUUUGGUGUUUUUCUCAAACUCCUGCAAUUUUUUAAAAAAUGCGCUCUAUUGAAUAUUUCUUCCUUUUUCCCCCAUAGGCCUACUGGAUAUCUAUCAGGUACUUUUUUUUUCUUGACUUUUGAAUUUUGUAUAACAUUUUAAAGAGAUUGUUAUUGUGUUCUCUUCUGCAUACAGCAACUUAUAUGUGCUUUAAAAUAAUUAUCGCAUUUUUUUGUGACGGAAGAAUCAUCGUUAUAAAAAAAAUAUUUUUCGUAGGAGCUAUUAGGUCUACGUUUUGAGGAAAUUCAAAACCCUCAUGUGUGGCACAAGGACAUUCAGAUGGUAAGUGCAAAUUUGUUUGAUAUUGAAGUAUAAAAAAAGAUAAACAGGACUGCUUCUUUAAUUUCUGCGCAAAAAAAGGGAUCUCUUCAAAACAUCACAAAAAAUGUGGAAGAGAGAAUAACGUAUUACUGAUGGCAUUCAAAAAAAAGGUGAAGGAAAGUAUAUGAAAUGCAACAUCAGGGAAAGUGGUUUAGGGGAAUUUUUUUGGUCUGGUAUGUGGCACAAUGAAUUUAUUUAGGGAAUGAAGAGGUUACAAAAGACGUCAAGAAGUAGAGAUUUGGGAUUAAGGGUGGCAAACGAUGCAGAUUUCUGCAGCUUGUCAAAGGGAGGGUUGCCAAAUGUAGGUAAACAUUUUUGGCCUGGUAUAAUAAAUUAUUGUUAUCAGUGCUUGAGGGUUUUAGAGUUUUGUUGACAAAUACCCUGUACAGAAAAGUAUAGCCUGUGUAGCAUGGCGGUUUUGCCGGACACAUAACUGAGUGGCACCCGCCCCAAUCUCCUCGCAGUUUCUCUGCCAUCACCCGCCUUUAUUACUUUGUGGCCCAACCAAAACCACCAUGCUACGCAGGCUAAGAAACAUAUAGAGAAUAAUCCUUCUGGGUUGUAAUACAUGUAUAUGAACUUACACUUUUACAAGCUUAUAGUCGUUUGGCUGAUUAAAGUCUUCUUUACUUAAUUUGUAGUUUAGUGUUAAAGAUGUGGCAUCUGGUGAUGUCAUAGGUUAUUUCUACCUCGAUCUGUUUCCGAGAGAAGGCAAAUUCGGUCAUGCAGCUUGCUUCGGAUUGCAGGUGAAUAGAAACACAUAUUGAUCAUUUCUUUGCAACUUAAAGUAAAGUAACAGUCAAGUCGGGAAAAAGUGAUAGCAACUCCAGAUCAAAAACUCAAAUAUUUCUAAUCUCAGACUGUGGGUGCAGUUUUAAAGAUGUAUAAAGUGACUGCAUAUUUUCUGACUCAUCCCAGUAGUCUCUAUUAGGAUAAUGCUCGUGACCAAAGGGAGCACAAGGGUUGAUAUCAGUCCUCGCUCUCCCCUGCGCUUCUCCUGUUUUUUAUCAUUAGGAAACUGCGAGAUGACUUGGGUGAGUCAGGUAUUCUGAAGUUUAGCGAGUGAUGUACUUUGGGUGCCAGAGACUUUUCAUGUCCGGUUGGCCAAAGAAUCCUGCCAGGCGAGAAAAAAGCCCAUGGUAAUCACGGGGUAUAAGAGAUUAAAUAACCCUCCACAAGGUUGUUGGCAAUGCAAUGCUGUCUGCUGCAAUUUGAACCCAAACCCAACCUGGGGAGCAAGAGUGGCAUAGUUACAUUUUUGUAGAAAAGGACUAACCAUUUUGUUAUUAUUAUUAUUAUCCUUAUUAUUUGUUUAGCCUGGAUGUUUGUUGGCUGAUGGAACAAGACAGGUAUGUCUGGAAAUCGUUUUUGUGACUUCAAAUAUGGACAACACAAGGGUAUCCAUAUGAAAGAGGUUUCACUGAGUGGAAGUUUUAGACGUGUUGUCCAUAUUGUAGCCGUAGAAAUGUAUAGACUUAACCCAUUCGCCCCUGAACCGCCCGUAACCGCCCGUGCAGAUCCAGGUCCUUUCUACCCAUUGUGACGUCAUCAGUUUUAACGGUCAAGGACAACUUUCUUCGCUAACUUGUGCAAAGUGAAGAGAUCUUUCAAACCUUACCAGAAUGAGCACAAUUCAGUCAAGGACACCGGAGAAAGAAGCAAAAAACCACGUGACAUUGACCUGAAAAUCUCCAUGAAAAUCUUGUUCCAUUACCCACCUACCUUUCCUUUCACCUAAUCCUAAGAUCCUAAAAGCUUUCCUAAAAACUCUUCCCACCAAAAUGAAGCCUACUAAAUGCCCAGCAAGAGAAAAAAAAAAUGAGGCAAGAAAAGCGAAAAAAGAAGGGAGGAGAGAAAGCGAAAAGUAAAAGUCAAGACUGCUGUGUCACUUUUAAAUCCAAAAACUCGAAAUUUUGCUUUCUGCGCAUGCCCGAACUUCGCAAGCUCAUAUUUUGCAUCUGGAUCAGAAGGCCGCGAAGUGUUCGACCUGUAAACCGGUUUGUGGUAAGUUUUAGCUCUUUAUAGCACGACAGUGACCAGAAAACCACUUGACUAGCUUCAAAACGCGUUUUUCGGCAAAAUCUGCAGGAGCAAAUGGGUUAAAGAACUGUCUAAAAGCGAGGUGUCUUUAUUAUAGAGGUCUCUACAAUGAAAGGUCCAAGUGUACCAGAAACAAACAUGAUGUGUAUCCAUACCGUAGUGUAAAAUUUCAGUUGUUCAAAGUCAGCCAAAGAAGGUCUUUUAUCAUGUACGUGCAUGGCAGAAUUGAACUGUAAAAACGGGGGUCUGUCUUGCUGGUUUUCUGCAGUUUCUUGAUUUGGAAAUGGGUUCAUUUGGGAGCAGCUGGUUUUCGACUAAACGCAUUAUAAUUUAUAGUGGUUCAAUGUACUUUCUUUGGUUGUUUUGUAGCUGUCUGUUGCUGCCAUGGUAGCUAACUUCACUAGAGCAACUGCCGACCACCCAUCGUUGCUGACCCACCAAGAGGUAGGUGCUCGUUAGUAUCGCUUGCCUUUAGUUACCGACGCCAAGCUUGUUACAGAUUUAAGCAUUAUGACUUGAACCUUGGCUGAACAAGUCCGUCGUCUUGCUAGACAAAAUACUUUGUGCCAUUUUCUCUUUAUCCAUCCUAGUCUUACCCCAUGUAAGCAAGUCCGGAUUCCAGAAUCUGGGAAAUAUUUGCUUGUGGAAUCCAGAAUUCCAAGUUCUCGGUUCCACUGACACAGAAUCCUGAAUCCACAGCGUGGAAUCCACAAUCCAAGACUGUCUUGGAUUACCUACAUGGAGCGACUAGUCCGCUGAAAAGGCAUUAUUUUUUCGUGGUUUUCAGGCGAGCAAAGGAAAACGUGAGGCGAUCAGUUUACUAACAUUACUUUUCAAAAGUUGACAUCGAUGUGCAUAUUUAUACAAACCAAGAGCCAUUUAUUUCAAACGAUGUUUAAUCGUGGUUAGAAAAAUGAAAAGUCAGCUCUUUCUGAUUUUGAAACGGUGGAUUACCUGAGUUUUUUGAGGAAUUUCUAAAAUUGCUCGGUUUGGUAAAAACAGUGAUAUAACAUCUGACCAUUUUUUACUUCUUAAUACUUUUUUUGUUGCUGUUUUAAAGGUGGAGACUUUCUUUCAUGAAUUUGGUCACGUGAUGCACCAGAUAUGUGCAAAAACGAAUUUUGCCUUGUUUAGGUAAGUGGUAUGUGUCUGUACUCAACAGUUGACGUUACGGUACAUACUAGUUACAUACUAGCUACUUUGUGCAGCAAAAAUUCGGUUUUUUGUGUUUAUGUGAUCUUCGCACGGUUUAAUCUUGACAAUGUUUCGUUGUUACAGUGGAACUCAUGUGGAAAGAGACUUUGUCGAAGCCCCUUCUCAAAUGUUGGAAAACUGGUGCUGGGAGAAAGAACCUCUUCAUCGCAUGUCAGCCCAUUACAAAGGUGCGAUAAUUCAGUGAGUCUGAAUACAACAUACAGAAGAGAGCAGAGUUUUCUUCUUACAGAGGAUUAUUUUCUUUUUGCACCAGAAUACAGUAAAAACCCGCAAGUAAGAACUUGUUUUUUAAGAACCUGUUGGGUUAAAAUUGGCCAGUUAGGACCUCUCUUUCACUGGGUAAGAACCUAUUUGGCCUAAUAUUUAAAACAGGUUCUUGUUUUAAAAAAAAAUUCUCUACACUUGGGCAAAUAAGAUAAGUCAACAUUCAGAAUCCUCUUUGGAGGUGCCCUAUCACUUAUUUAUAUGAGGAAGAAGCUGAAUUUUACUAAAUAAUAUUCUUGGCUACAUUGUAUUUUUUUCCAUUUGAAAAUGUGAACCUAUUUAAGAACCUAAAUAGACUCAAUUUGUGCUAAUUACCAUUUAUGUAAGAACCUGUUUAGGCUAACUUAGGAGAAUGCAGGUUCUUACUGGCUGUUUUUUACUGUAGUUGCCCUCGCUAUUAGUUUUAUAAAUGUCGUUAUAAUUUUUCUGUUGCAGAUUCUAGUGCUCUUACUGAUGAAAUGCUUGAGAAGCUCAUAGCGUCACGUAAUGCUAAUACGGGAGUUUUCAAUCUGCGACAAGUAAGAAAACAGUCCCUCGAUUUUAAUUUCUUUGUUGUUUUCAUGUCAGCUGGAAAGCCAAUCCUCUGCGUUCCCCUUUUUCACGCUCGGAAGUAAGUUCAUUGUACAGCGCAUGUCGCACAUUACCAAGCAGAAAGUACCGCUCAGUAGCUCUCACUUGAGUCGCUACACUUUUAUACUCUAAAAGUUAGAACCACCUGUUACAACGUAAUAAACAGUACCACAGGAAAGUACUGCUCAGUAGCUCUCAUUUGAUUGGCUAUAAAAACUACCUUGUACUGCAUAGUAAACAGUACCAUUGGAAAGUACAGCUCAGUAGCUUUCAUUUGAAUGGCUAUAAGAACCACCGUGUACAGCAUAAUAAACAGUACCACAGGAAAGUACUGCUCAGUGGAUUUUGUUUGAAUGGCAAUAAGAACACCUUCGUACAGCGUAAGAAACAGUACCACGGGAAAGUACUGCCCAGUAGCUUUCAUUUGAAUGGUUACACUUAGCGUUUUUUUAUUCACAGACACUGUAUUUACAACCAUCUUGUACAAAGUGAUAAACAGAAACAUUUUUUACAUCAUGAGAAACAGCACCACAGGAAAAUGCUACUCAGCAACUUAAUAGGUUUAAAAUGUAACUCUUCAGGCCCGAUUAAAUCAGUCUUAAGGGUUAGAACCAUCUUGAACAGAUAAGAACAACACUGUACGCAACUCAAAGCUUGCUCAUAACACGUUCCUCUCUGACUCAAAAACCUACUCCGCUUUCUUCCUCUGUAGAUUCUACUAGCGACAUUUGAUCAAACGAUUCAUACUCAAGCCAAGGUAAAGUUCUUCUUGUUUUGUCCUUUAUUCUUAGUAGGCUUCUUGAAAACCGGCCAUUUAACUCUUGUCUAGUGUAUCUGCAGCUGUACAUGAGCUUAGUCAUUAGGAACGCUAAUCAACUACAAAGGCGAGGGCCGCAAGGAAAACGUCACUUGAAAAAAAGAAAUAUUUUCCAUUUAUUUUUUUCUUGUAAGGCUGAAUAAUCGUAGGUGUGAAUUCGUAAGAAGAUUUUAAAAGUUUACAACAUCUUGCCCUUCUGACGAUGUGCUUUAAUUUGUAGAGAACGGCUGAGUAAUAUGCGAAUAUGAAGGCCCCAUUCACACCGGCAAAACAUUAAAUUAAGGGUGUGUUCCUUUCGGCGAAUCCAAAAACGGAUUUUUGAUCCUAGAUUUGCCAGAUUUCGCGGUCGAAAGGAACGCGAAAUCCGAAAUUGGAUUUGUAACCUUGGUAACCUUUCGCCAAAGCGUGUAGUAUGCACGACAUCCUCCCAAAAAAUGACGUGUUUUCUACUGUUUGACAAAUUAUGCGAUUAUACCGUGCAGAAUUUAGUGGUCGGCAGUUCGAAUAGCGACGAUGGAAAAUAUAAAACAGACAAAGAAAGAAGCGCAUUAAAAUUGAAAAUUAUCUAAAGAAUGUCGGCCAGUUUGAUCCAGUUCCAUAGCUCAGAUUUUUUUAUGUAGCACGAUCGAGUGCCUGUCGCGUCUACAAGCGAGUUUGUAAUUAGAUAGCAGUUCAUUUGUUACUUUUACUUAUUUCUGAUUUCAAGCCAUCUUUAGAGACAAGUGGUUAGUAUAUGGAUAUUUUAAUGUACCUGGAACAAUCUUCUAGUGUUUUCAGAUGUUUUGCGGCAAAUGACAGCAACGAGGAAACUCUACGACCUCUAUGGGAAUACUUCAACUGGAAAUACCGCUGGAUCAUCUGACUAAUUUCGGAUCCACUGUGAAUGGAACAGCGUAGAUCACUAAUCCGUUAAUCUGGAUUUGGAUUCUUCGGAUUUCAAAUCCAAUGAAUCCUUUUUCAAAAAGGAUUCACCAGAUCAAAAAUCCGGAUUUGGAUUUGCCGAAAGGAACGCGAAAUCCGUUCUUAGAUCUAAAAUCCGUUUUUGGAUUCACCGAAAGGAACGCACCCUAAAUCAACUUUUGUAAAAUUGAUAUCUGUGAUAAACACUGAAUUAUAAAAUGAGGUUUUUUGAUCGGGUUUAAGUAAGUUCUAGCCAUCGUGUUUUUGUGUUUCCUAACUACCUGGUCGACUCGCGAAUAACAGCAGACAGCUUUAUGAGGUAAACAAGUUUCGACCGUGACAAACGUAAAAGGUUCCAAACGUUUUUCAAGAUUUUGGUACUAAGUGGUUAUCAAUCCAGGGUGCAAAGAAAAUCGUUUUUACAGCUUGCCAUUCGGGCAAGCUGAAGCCGGCAUUUACUAGCCCAGACGUCAUUUCAACUAGCCUCAAAAACUUUUUGAGUAACAGAACAGUUUUCACAGUUUUUCUGUUAUUCGAAUUCCUCAAAAAACAUCACUUGCCCGUCGGGUAAGUUAAAAACAGAAUUCACUAGCCCGAUAGCAAAAUCCACUAGCCCCGGGCUAUCGGACACUACUUUCUUUGCACGCUGCAAUCCUUUUGUUUUUGUGCCUUGAUCUCGAUCCAAUUACUUCCUAUUUUACACCGUGAAUAGAACUGCGCUUUAAACUAGUUUAACCAGUCUAAUAAUUUUAUCAUCUUUUUCGUGUGAACAGGCUAACACUGCAGAGAUCUUUUCUAAGCUCUCAAGCGAAAUUCUUCGUAUCCCAUCCACUCCAGGUUGGUUAAUGCUCUUGAAUCGCAAGAGGCGUUAGUGCUUAACCCUUUAAAACCCAAUAUCCACAAACAAAUUCUCCAGAUCGAUCUUCAUACAUUACCUUAAAGAAGUGGUGGAGAGAAUUUGUUUGAAGAUCAAAGCAUUUUACCUCAGGUGAUGAUUUUGUUAAUUAAUAUACUCCAAUCUUAUAAUUAAAUAUUGGUAAAGUAAGGAGUAAAAUGUUGUUGAUCACUUGGGACUUAAAAUGGUUUAGAAGCUUAAAUAGUCUCGUAACUAUUUGUUUGUUUUUCAAUAUGCGGUAUUUGCUUUUGUUCUGGUCCGCGAUUCAAAAAAAGAAAUCUCAAUCAGUCUUGACACCUGCUCAGUUUUAGUUUGUUGUUGGGAAGGAUAUCAGAAUCGCUAAGAAUGACUGAAAAACGGCAAAAGGUUGUCCGGUUUAGAGAGGUGUCAGUUUGUUGUAAUAUUUUAGCCGGCGAGUAAUCUUGGAAUGCGAGCAUCAAGUCACACUUCUAAACAGGUUAAUAGUCUAGUUUCGAAUUAAAAAUUAUUGCUGAAGACAAACAUUAACGACACAUUCAUACAGGGUUAGCCUCGACGUAAAGUAAAAUAUUCAGAAACUCCGACGUAAGUAAGUGUUUGAAUAAAAUGAAUAUACAAAAUAGACAGAGUAAUAAACAGGUCUUUUUCUUGUUGAUAUUUGUGAAUAUACAUUGUAUGUCUUCAGAUGGAGGCUAAGGCUGUAAAAUAUGCGUCUUCAGUUCUUUAAUUCAGCGGUCAUAGCGAACUCGAAACUGAACUAUUAGUUCAACACCCGCGUCAACUUUUCACAGGCGUAGAGGGAAGAGUCAAGUCUCCUAGGUUCUCUAUUGUGAAGGCUGACUUGGCUUUGUGGAGAGUAUUGCAUUCAUCUCAAAUAACUGACGUACAAUUAAAUUUCCAGGAACCAACAUGCCAGCCUCAUUUGGUCAUCUCGCUGGAGGAUAUGAUGCACAAUACUACGGAUAUCUGGUAAGAUUAUUCACAGUACUACAGAUACCUGGUAAGAUUAUGCACAAUACUACGGAUAUCUGGAACGAUUAUCUGGGAAGAAUAUUUUCAAUUCCUGCUGUAUCUAGGAAAGCAAUGCCAUCUUCGUGAAGUUGAUUUCAGUUGGAGUGCGAAAAGUAUUUCAUGAUAGCUUAGGAUUUGCAUAACCAACUAAGACAUAUUUUGUUUCUGUCAAUUAAGGCGUGGGAUCCUAUCGAUUCUUUGGAACUUCUAAAUAUGACUUCAAAACGUCUUUUGCCGCAAUAAUUUUGACGACUUUCGAAUUGUUUGCUAACUGUUUCCUCUCUCUUAAAUGAUCGACAGAAAAAUGGGGCGGGGGGGGGUAGCAAGUAAUGAGGGUUCCAGACUUAAACCUCGAGAUCGACUGAUUAGGAACGCGAGUUUUCGACUUAUGUCUCGAGUUGAGUGGAUAGAAUUUUCAGUCAUUUUCAAAUGUGUUCUGUUUGACAGUGGAGUGAAGUGUUCUCGAUGGACAUGUUCCACACGCGGUUUAAAAAAGAAGGAAUAAUGAAUCCUAUAGUUGGACUGGACUACAGAAAGUUCAUCUUGCAGCCUGGCGGAACACUGGUGAGUUAAGAUCGGUUCUUCUACAACUUGAAGAUUAAAAAACACUCUGAAAACUAAUGGACAAAAAUUACGUAAUACCGACUUGAUGCUAGUAGGGCUGUUCGUUGAAACGGACUUUAACGGAUGAUCGAUAGCAACAUCGCGUAUAUCUGCACAGAAGGCGUAAAGGCCUGGCUUCAGUUGUUCAGAAGGAUGAGAACGCUCUCCACUGGUUAAAUCUCUAUCCAGUAGAUCCGGUGGAUAGCGCUAUCCACUGGUUAAAUCUCUAUCCAGUAGAUAGCACAAUUGGUGUCCCUAUUACUUAUCCGGUGGAUAGCGCUAUCCACUGGUUAAAUCUCUAUCCAGUGGAUAGCGUUUGAACCGUAACUUAUCCGGGGCUAUCCACUGGUUAAAUCUGUGGAAAACUCCGUAUUACUUAUCCGGUGGAUAGCGCUAUCCUCCCUAUCCAAUAGCGCAAAUCCGGUGGAAAAAAAAAUUCUAUCCAGCAGAUAGCGCAAUUGGUGUCCCUAUUACUUAUCCGGUGGAUAAAUCGCGGUCAAACGUGGUCCUCCUUAAAAAAAAUAGACGUGGUGGUGGCUCUAAAUCGCGGUCAAACGUGGUGCUUAUAACGUGGUGUGAAAAUACGUUUUUUGGGAGUUUAAAGGGGGAGGGGAAGGGGGAAUUCGGACGUGCGAGAUCACGGUGGGAGAAAGGAAACCCCCUCGUGCUCUCGCGUGUCCGCAUUCCCUCUUCCCUUUCUCCGUCCCUCCCCUUUUCUUCUGAAUCUCUUCUUUCUUUUUUAGGACGCCUCUGAAAUGCUCAAGAAUUUUCUUAGCCGAGAACCCAACCAGGAUGCCUUCCUUGCAAGCAAGGGACUAAAAAACUAGUCUUAUAGAAAGAAGUACAACCACUUCAUUACGAUUAAGUUGCAAUGCACUUCACAAAAGCGCUGGUCGCACAAGAUAAAGAUUGAAACAACGUAUAAUUUAUUAAUCUCUAAAGACUGCCUCCUUAGGCGUCUGCUCAGGUUCAAUACACGGGGCGUUGUGGAUCCCUACCCCCUCCCACCUCUACUCCCACCUUGUACCAUUCCCCCCCCGCCAAAAAGGGAAAGAAUGAUCGUAUUCUUGAUGCAAGAGUAGUCAGUGCCCCUAGGCAUUUAUAUUUAAGAAGGCAACAUUAUCCAAGGAAGGGAGGGGUUUGAACAACAAAAUAGGACUCAGCAGCAUGCAAAGGGCGAAGUGUCUUCCCCAAUAUUCUUCCCUCCUGAAUUUCCUUCUUUUGACGAGUUUUAGCAGCGUUGCACUUUCUAUAUGUUCAAACUACUUAACUUCUCCUAGCUCCUGUUAACUACUUAAUUCUUGCUUCUUGACUCAAGUAGGGAACGACAUCAUUCGACGGCUAAUUAAAAAAAUCGAAUGAACGGUUUCGACAUUCGUCAUUCGCUUUGGAAAGUUCUUUGAGCGGGUAACAACUCAAUGUCUCCGAUCUUGUCCCAUAUUCACCACUUUUCAAACGAGAAAGAAACUGGGACGAGUUAGUUAUCUGGGAUCGUUACUGGGGACGCGCCGGUCAGCUAUUGGUUAAUUUUUUCCCGCGUUCCUGGUCACAAUCCCAGAGGUCUUUGCGAAAGUCUUUCCCUCUAAUUUCUAACAAUCAUCGUGUUUGGCCUUCAUUUAUAAAAGGGGAGACCUACUACCCACUCUACGUCACCUUUGCACAGUUGCUUGCUCUAGUCCUAGUUGACAGUCAUCAAGGUCUUCUUCAAGACCCUGCAGAAGAGGCCGUGCCUUUCGUAGCCUGCAGUACAGGCGUAUUUUGGGCAGGCGAAAUAGGUGCUUGUUUAUGUUCAUAUUCUUGUAUCCGCCACCUUUGAUUUUAUGACAGAU